AUGAGUACCGUGCGCGAGAACCAGCAGUCCCCGGAGGACGAAGCGGUGGCCGUCGAAGACCGCGCAUCGUCGGCCGAGCCGCAAGCAGAAGAGCAGCCCCCGCCGCCGAGCGAAGCUGUGACGUCGAACGCCGCGACGUGCGGUGUUGCCGCGUCGUCAAACGCCGCGACGUGCGGUGUUGCCGCGACGUCGAACGCCGCGACGUGCGGUGCUGCCGCGACGUGCGGUGCUGCUGUGACGUCGAACGCCGCGACGUGCGGUGCUGCCGCGACGUCAAACGCCGCGACGUGCGGUGCUGCCGCGUCGUCGAACGCCGCGACGUGCGCGAGCAUGAGUACCGUGCGCGAGAACCAGCAGUCCCCGGAGGACGAAGCGGUGGCCGUCGAAGACCGCGCAUCGUCGGCCGAGCCGCAAGCAGAAGAGCAGCCCCCGCCGCCGAGCGAAGCUGUGACGUCGAACGCCGCGACGUGCGGUGUUGCCGCGUCGUCAAACGCCGCGACGUGCGGUGUUGCCGCGACGUCGAACGCCGCGACGUGCGGUGCUGCCGCGACGUGCGGUGCUGCUGUGACGUCGAACGCCGCGACGUGCGGUGCUGCCGCGACGUCAAACGCCGCGACGUGCGGUGCUGCCGCGUCGUCGAACGCCGCGACGUGCGGUGCUGCCGCGUCGUCAAACGCCGCGACGUGCGGUGUUGCCGUGACGCCAAACGCCGCGACGUGCUGUCCGGCCAAGGCGUGCGGACUGGCGCCGUCGGGCGCCACGACGUGCGGGUCUCUGGUCGCAGCCCCGGCGCCCCGGGAGGGAGACGACGACUCGGCCCGCGGGCUGUGGACCGAGAUGAACGAGCGACCGCCGUCGCUGCCGGCGGGUCGCGCCCUGAAGGACCGACCCCGCGCGCCGUCGCCGACGCCGCAGCCCAAGGCCGUGACCCGCGAGCUGCUGGGCUCGCUGCCGCCGCCCUUCCCCUCCCGGGGAGACCUCUCCCUCUACGAGGAGGACCCCGCCGGCUCGCCACCCGCCAGCUAG